AUGAGAUUUAUGGUAAUAAUACUUGCCAUUGUUGCAGCUGAGGGUAGAAGCCUAACAGAAGUUGUAUGUGAUUUGAAUCCACGACAUUGCAAUUUACACAAAACAAGUUCAAGGACACCAGUUCCAGUCAGACGAUACCUACUAAAAGGCAAUAAGAUGGCAGCGCCGAGUGCAAGUGAAUUUGCCAGAUGGCAGAACUAUGAAAGAGGAGAGGCAGGCACGGGACUCAUCCCUGAUUCGGGACCCGGCUGGGGACCAGGUCUUGGAGACGUGAACAUUGCGACUGGUUUGGGUGUAGAAACGCCCGUGGGCGGUCUUGGCAUUCGUCGUGAUUUCGAUCUCGGUUUCGGAGGGUCUGGCCGAAGUGGUGGACGGAGUAUCGGUUUCGGUAAUGGACAUCAGAGGCAAAUUGGUUCAGCUCCGUGGGCAUGGCCCUAA